AAAGGUUAACUGUUUCUGCCAACUUGGUUAGUGGUUUGCAUUGAUUUCAAAUCUAAAACAUUGUUAUUCUUAUAGAUAUAGCUUUAAUUGAUCGGACUUCUUUUUAUACGUACUAAUAUUCUUCCGCGACACACCUGUCGGAAUAAUCAACAGGUGUGAAAUUUGUGGCGACACCGGAUGACUGUCUCGGAAAUUUUGACGUUUUGCAUGACAAGUUCCAAACAACGAUUACACCCUGGUAUAGGAGAAUUGUAAUACAGAUUGAUAUUUGAGGAAAAGCAAUUGAGUUGGUGAGCCAUGGAUGGGGGAAAGAAAGUAUGGGUUCCCCACGCCACAGAUGGGUUCAAGCUCGGGCGUAUUGUGGAUAUUGGGCAAGAAUUUAUUACUGUCGAGCCUUUUGAUGCUCCAGGCACGACAUUAAAGGCUAUGUAUGACCGAGCAUUCCCGGCAGAGGAGUACGACAACAAGGAUGUAGAUGAUAACUGUGGACUUAUGUACCUUAACGAGGCUACUCUCCUUAACAAUCUCAAAAUGAGAUACCUGAAAAAUAAAAUCUAUACAUUCACAGCCAACAUUCUAAUUGCAUUGAAUCCCUACGCCAAGAUUCCUGACUUGUACUCGUCUGAUUGUCGGCAUAAUUAUAAAGGGAAGUCACUGGGAACCAUGCCUCCUCAUGUGUACUCUAUUGCGGAUAAGGCAUUCCGUGACAUGAAGGUAAACAAAACCAGUCAAUCUAUCAUCGUGUCGGGAGAAUCUGGUGCUGGUAAAACCGAAUCUACCAAAUAUAUUCUCAAAUAUCUAACAGACAACUGGGGAACUAAAGCUGGUCCUAUAGAACAAAGAAUUGUAGAAUCUAAUCCAUUAUUAGAAGCGUUUGGUAAUGCAAAGACAGUCAGAAAUAACAACAGUAGUAGAUUUGGAAAGUUUAUAGAAAUCCAUUUUGAUGGCAAGAAUUUUGUGGCAGGAGGUUUUAUAUCUCACUACCUAUUAGAGAAGUCCCGUAUAUGUGUUCAGAGCAAGGAAGAGAGAAACUAUCAUAUAUUUUACCGGAUGUGUGCCGGUGCUCCACCAGAUCUCUUCAAGAAACUACAUCUUGCUGCACCAGACCAGUUCUAUUAUCUGUCUCGUGGAAACAGUCAGUAUUUUACUACAAGAGAAACAGUGAAAACCCUUGGUAAUGAAAGGAAAAGUCAAAUGUUUUUGAAGAAUGGCAGUCUACACGACCCAGUUUUAGACGAUGUACGAGACUUUAAGGUGUGUGACGAUGCUAUGAACCAUCUUGGUAUGUCAGAAGACGAGAGGUUUUCUGUAUACACGAUUGUUGCAUCAGUUCUUCAUCUUGGAAACAUCAGCUUUGAAGACAAUCAUGAAGAUACUAAAGGAGGUUGUAUGAUCACAGCUGCUUCAGAAAGUUCACUACAGAUUGCCUCUGUCUUGUUGGGUGUUGAGAAGGAAGAAUUGCGGGAAGCACUUGUCACACGUGUGAUGCAGGCAACUAGAGGUGGUGUGAAGGGAACAGCCAUUAAAUCUUUAGCCAACAGGGAUCAUGGAGAAGUUAUUAUGGUUCCUCUGAAGCAGUAUGAAGCCUCCAGUGCAAGAGAUGCCCUGGCUAAGGCCACUUAUUCCCGACUGUUUGAUUACAUUGUUCUCAGAGUGAAUAAAGCCAUUCCAUUUGCUAGCUCCAGCAGUUUUAUUGGUCUGCUUGAUAUAGCUGGAUUUGAGUAUUUCCAAGUGAACAGUUUUGAGCAGUUUUGUAUCAACUACUGUAAUGAAAAACUCCAGCAGUUUUUCAAUGACAGAAUUCUAAAGGAGGAACAACUGUUGUAUGAGAAGGAAGGAUUGAAUGUUAAGAAAAUCAAAUGGACAGAUAACUCUGACUGUAUUGAGUUGAUUGAACAAAAGGCUAAGGGUAUAUUUGAUCUGUUAGAUGAGGAAAGUAAAUUACCCACACCUAAACCUGACCAUUUCACCAUGGAGGUCCAUAACAGAAACAAGGAACAUUUCAGGCUCAGUAUUCCGAGAAAAUCAAAGCUGAAGUCUCACCGUGAUGUACGUGAUGAUGAGGGAUUCCUCAUCCGCCAUUUUGCUGGUGCCGUCUGUUACCAUACUGCACAGUUUAUUGAGAAGAACAAUGACGCUCUGCACGCCUCCCUUGAGUUCCUGUUUAGAGAGAGUAACAACAAGUUGUUGAAACAGAUGUUUGAAGCUGUUGAAGUGUCCACCGGCAAACUGAACUUUAUCAGUGUCGGUAGUAAGUUCCGCUCACAGCUCGUUGUUCUCAUGGAAAAACUCAAAGCUACUGGAACAAACUUUGUACGUUGUAUCAAGCCUAACAGUAAGAUGGCUGAUCACUUGGCCGAGGGAGCAUCUAUUCUUAGUCAGCUGGAAUGUGCAGGAAUGAAUGCUGUGUUAGAUCUUAUGCAGCAAGGUUUCCCAUCAAGGACACAGUUUUCUGAGCUGUACAACAUGUAUAAGAAAUACUUACCCCCAGAUCUUGCACGUCUCGAUCCUAGACUCUUCUGCAAGGCUCUGUUUAAAGCACUUGGUUUGAAUGAGAAUGAUUUCAAGUUUGGUUUGACAAAGGUGUUCUUUAGACCAGGAAAGUUUGCCGAGUUUGACCAGAUUAUGAAAAGUGACCCGGAGAAUUUGGCCGCCCUCAUUGCCAAGGUGCGACGCUGGCUUCUCUGUUCUAGAUGGAAGAAAGCACAGUGGUGUACACUGUCAGUCAUUAAACUAAAGAACAAGAUAAUAUGGAGAAAGGAGAGAUUGGUGACCAUACAGAAAUCAAUCAGAAUGUGGACCAUUGCCAGGAAGUUCAAACCUAAAUAUGAGGCCAUAACAAAGGUGAAGGCCACAAUGAAUCAGUUAACCUUGAUGAAUGACAUUGUAUCUAAGAUGAAGAAGGAUAAAGAAUCUGCGACAGCCAAGGUCAAGGAGAUUGAAUCAGCACUAACUGGUCUCAUCCAGAAAAUCAGGACAACUGACAUGACCAGAGAGCAGAUGAACAAUGCUCACCAGGAUCUGAUAAAUAAGAUGAACCGUAACCUUGACGACCUGAAAAAUCAACUAGAACAACAGAAGGUGAAGGAGGAACAAGAACGUCUGAGAAAAAUACAGGAAGAAAUGGAGAGAGAAAGAAAGAGGAAGGAAGAAGAAGAGAGAAAGAGGAAACAGGAGGAAGAAGACAGAAAACUGAAAGCAGAGAUGGAAGCAAAAAGAAAGAAGGAGGAAGAAGAGAGAAAGAAGAGAGAAGCAGAGGAAAAGAAACAACAGGCAAUCUUGGAUGCCCAGAAAGAAAAGGAACGACAAGAACAAGCAGAGAGACAGGCUAUCAUUGAACAGGAGCGUCGUGACAGAGAGAUUGCUCUACGUCUAGCAGCUGAAGAUCAAAACCAAGUAGAGGACGUUACUCUACCACCUCUUGUUAGUGGUGAAUUACCUAAGUCUGGUAGUGGAACUAAUCUGGCUGCAGCAGGUGGUAAAAACAAUCCCUGGGUGAUUGACAACACUGUCAGGUCUGAAGCUGUGAUGGCCCAGCGUGCAGCCAUGGCUGGUCAGAAACAUGAUCUAUCAAAAUGGAAAUACGCAGAGCUCAGAGAUGCUAUCAACACUUCAUGUGACAUGGAUCUAUUGGAUGCCUGUCGUUUUGAGUUUCAUAGACGACUCAAGGUUUACCAUGCCUGGAAAUCCAAGAACAAGAAACAAGGUGGUAAAACUGAUGACAAACAGAGAGCACCCACUCAAGUUGUCAAAGAAGGUAAAUUAACAGUGUUUUUCAAAAAUUUCAAUUGUCAUGUUUUCAAAGUUGUUUGUUAUAAAGCUGUUGAAAUGUUUAGUGUUGAUGACCUAAACAUGUGUGAGCUAAGUGUAGAAGAAACUGGCUUGUCAAAGAAGAAAGGAGCUGAAAUCCUCGGCCGAGAGUUCGAGCAGGAAUGGAACAAGUGCGGGGGCUCGGAUUACUUACGGAAAAAUGCCAACAAGAUUUCAUCAAAAUUUCUACAAAAGAGGCUGGGUAUAGCAAA